GUCAGAAGCCCUUCCCCUGCCCGAAGUGCGACGCCUUCUUCUCCACCAAGUCCAACUGUGAGCGCCACCUGCUGCGCAAGCACGGUGUGGCCAACCGCUCGCUGCGGCGCAACGGCUCCCUGGGCCGCAAGGACGGAGAGGACGGCUCCCACGACAGCGGAGACAGCCAAUCAGACACGGAGCAGACGACCCAAGAGGCCGUCGACCUCAGCAGCCCCCAGUCCGGCUCCGCCCCCUUCCCGGACCAGAGAGCUGGGUCUUUGGACCAGCCCAAACAUCGGACAUCCUCCAACACUAGCCCCGCCUCCAAGCCAGGCCAAGGGUCUAGUUCAGCAGAGCAGCCUAGAAGCAUGGAUCACUCAGGCCAGCAGGAGGCGCCAAAGAACCGACAGCAGCCGCUACAGAUCAACACUAACAACGUGGUUACCAAGAUGGAAAACGAGGACGAUGAGGAUUGCCAUAGCAACAAGAGCCUGGACCUGAACUUCGCCAGCAAGCUCAUCGACUUCAAGUUCUCCCCGUCCUCGGCCUCCGGGUCCGGGGAGGGGGAGGGGGCGCCGAGCUCCCGCCCUCCCAGCGCCCACACCAACACCCCCCCUUCCUCCACCUCCUCCUCCUCCACCCCCUCCUCCACCCCCUCCUCUGGCCCGGCGCCGGCCGGCCUCCGCGAGGAGCCGAGGGCGCCGGCCGCGGCCUCGCCUGGCCCCGCCGCCGCCGCCGCCGCCAAACCGACAGAGUACAAGCACGUGUGCCGUGUGUGCAGCAAGAGCUUCCGCUACGCCACCACCCUGGCCCGCCACGAGAGGGCGCACCUGAGCGAGGAGAGUCCCGCCGCCAGCGCCGCCGGCGCCUCCGAGUCGGAGGUCACGCCGGGGAAAGAGCAGACCCCCGAGGCCGCCACCGAGACCCCCGAAGGGGAGGAGAAGAACGCAGAGCAGGACGAGGAGGAGGAGGAGCAGGAGGACGAGGAGCAGGAAGAGAGGAGGAGGAGGAGGAUGAGGAAGGAGGGGGGAGAGAGCGGGGAGUCGGACAUGGAGGAGGAGGAGGACGAGGAGGAGGAGGAGCGCAGCGACGAGGAGGGCGGCGCAGCGGAACCAAAGAGCAGCGAGGAGGGCGAGGAGCGCGCCGGGAGCCGCGUGGACAAGAGGAAGAAGAUCUGCAGCGUGUGCGGCAAGCGCUUCUGGUCGCUGCAGGACCUGACCCGCCACAUGCGCUCCCACACCGGCGAGCGGCCGUACCGCUGCCAGACGUGUGAGCGCACCUUCACCCUGAAGCACAGCCUGGUGCGCCACCAGCGCAUCCACCUCAAGCCCCGGGGGGCCGACGGCCCCGAGGCCGCGGGGCCCCACGCCGGGGGCGCCGGCUCCGCGGGGGCCGACGACGCCAGCGAGUACGGGGACUCCGCCUUCACCCCCACCUCCACCUGCACGCCCUCGGAGAACGAGAGCGAGGGAGGCAGCGCCGCCGGGGUCGGAGGUCGAGGAGAAGUGGGCGGGGACGAGGAGGAGGAGGAGGAGGAGGAGGAAGUGGAGGAAGAGGAGCGGGAGGAGCAGAAGUUGUCUGAACCCGCUGGUGAGUUGAAACAAGAACCAGAAGUGGCCGUAGAGAAGAAGGACGUGAUGGAUGAAGAGGAGGAGGAGGAGGAGGGUGCACAAUCUGAGCCGGAGGAGAAUCCUUUGGAGGCCCCUGCUGCGUCCCCUGGAACAGAACCCGCCCCAGAGUCCAGCCAACCCAGCGGCCCCCCCACCCCUCCAGCGGAGCCCCCCGCCACCCCAGACACCACGGGGGGCUCAGAACCUCCGCCUGCAGAAGAGGCUCUGCCUCCCACGACCGCCGAGCCGGCACCUACCAGCCCAACCCCCGCCGCCGCCGCCGACACCGAGGCGACCGCAUGCGACACGCCGGAUCCCCCCGCCGUUGCCAUGGCAGCCGCCGCCCCGCCCAUGCCAUUAGAUACGCCCGCCCGGGAAGUAGCCCCGCCCUCAGCCCCGCCCACAGCCCCCCCCAACGCCACCACGACCUCGGAGCAGGAGAUCCAGCCGCUGACAGAGCACGUGCUGCCCAGCGCAGACUCUCCCCUGGUGGGGGCGGAGUGAGGCUGCUCAGCCCCCCCGCACACACACACACACACCCCCUGCUCCUCUACCUCUCAGCAACCGCCUGGUUCUCUGGAGGUCGGGACAAACCUAACUAUCGUCACCAGAGUGCCAUAUCGACGCGACCACGAAUUUAACGCGCCACCAUCGAUGACGACGAUGAUGAUGAUGAUGAUGCCUAUGGCAAUGGUGAUGUAACAGAGAGUUUGGACAGAGACUCAAACCUCUUAUCCUUGAAGUGCCUUACUACUUGUUCCUCUUCUUUCACAUGAUUUACUUGUCAAUCUUUAUCUACAGUACAUUGGGGAGUGGAUCCAAUUUUAAAGCUUUUUAUGAUUGCGCAAAACAAUGUUUUUUUUUUUCAUUUUUAUUAUUGGUUUUGCCAAUCGAUAAUUUCAGCAAUAAAAUAAUAAAAUGUAUCCUUGAUUUUUGUAUGAGAAUUCAUGAUCAAGUUUGCGAACGCAGGCAGAUUGUGGCGAUCAGCCCGUUCGGUGUGAGGCUGUGGGGCUCACCUGACUUCUACAUCGACCAAUCACAAACACUCUUAGUCCAGGGCUGGGCAACCCACAUGCUGCAGACUAGGAGGUCUUUUCAAACUGGAAUGUAUGCAAUAUGGCGGACAGUCGGAGAGUCCAAACGGACGGACAGACAUUUGGACUUCUCUCUUUCUGCGGACCUGCUUUUCUGAGUAUUUCUUUUUUUUUGUUGAAAAGACUGCCGUCGUGGUUCUCCGAAGCCGUUUUUGUUGAGUUUUUCCUGACGCAGGGUCAGUCAAGUGCAUUGAGAAACAAACAAACCAAAACUUUAUAAUGUAACUGAUGUCAUCCCAGCGGGCCUCGCUCUGUGAAGGAACAGGGCUGCAGGUUGGAUAUUUAGUUUAUUUUCUUCUUCCUCGUUUCACUAUUAAUCUUAGUCGCCCGGAAGCGUAUCACUCAUUGACAGAUUGAUAUGGGCAAUAUUUGCCCCUCCCCCUCCUUCCCCUAUGCAUUCUGGAGGUUGGUUUAUGUUCAUAUUUUCUCAUCUGUUUCAGUUGAUUCCACAUGUACAUUAACUGUAUUGUGUGUGCGUGUGUAAGGCAUGUCUGAGUUUAAUACUAAAGUAUUUUUGUGUUUGGCUCUUAGCGGGCUUUGUUUUUUGAUGAGGAAGUGUCUGUCAAGUUGGAUGUUUUCUAUUUUAUAAUGAACAAAUCUUUUUUCUCUAAUUUUCUACGAUUGUUGUCUUGAGUGUGUGAUCUGGUUAGGCCGUCUCAUUACCAUCAGCCCCCCCCCCCCCCCCCCCCCCCCCCCCCCCCCCCCCCAGUAGUGUUUGUAGAGAGACAUGACAACACUGUGGUUUUGCUUGCCCUCCAAGGUUACUCACGGGGAAAGCACUAGAGUGGUUCUCCUAAAAACCUCUGUGUAUGAAUAGUUGACAAUCUGCAAAAAAAACAAGUCUUCAAACAGGUCUUCCACAUUUCUAACCUUCACCGGGCUGACAAAGGGGCAAACUGACGCUUGCUGAGUCCCACAUCAUUGUUUGAUUCAUUUUUUUAUUCUAAACCUUCUGAUCCACAAAAUGAUUUUCCAUUGAUCUGGCAUCAACCUCAGGCUCAUUAUGCCCCUUGAGUUUGACAAGAAGGUCUACACUUCUGGUCUUUUCUUUGUCUCGUUGGCAACGUUCUAGACAAUAUGAAUUGAAAUGAGACCUGUGAACUGUGGUUUUUAAGCCUUAAACACGCCAGUGUCCUUAAUCUCGGAGCGGUUCUGACCGUCUUGCUUCUGCGGUUGGUUUGAGAGCCGUUGAUGUGCUAGAGGGACGUGGAGGCUUCCAGCGCACCGCGUCCCGCUACGUCAUCACUGAACGGACACACCGCUUCCACUGUGUCCGCUAACACGCGUUACAAGGGCUAAAGGACCUGCGCUGACUGCAGAGCUAGCUAUGUGGACUUGAUUCUCUUCAUAUAAACUCUUGUUUCACGUGAAUGCAACUCCGUGGUGCAUUCACAACCCCCAGACAUUGACUGGGGAUAACAGGAUCGUAGCGCGACAGCUGUUUGGCAAACUGAGCAGCAAUGACGACAUGGGCCUGCUGGGCUUACUGCAAAAACUGGCAGUAAUAUUGCACAAAACGACUACUUCUACAACUAAUAUCAACGACCACAAUACUCGACUUUUCUACUCGACUGGUAAUAAGAUGUAUUGUUAACAAUGAGUACGUUUGGGUUGGACUUCUGACGUACUUUGACUCUCUUAGAAUGAUUUCAAUUAAAUAAGCUGUCAAACGGACUGAGCCUGGUUCUCCUCCCCAUGCCCGUUGGCGCCAUCUAGUGGUGCGGCCAAGGUAGUACAGUAUUCCAUUACUCGGCAUGUCCUCUGCAGCGGAGUCCAAAGCAGUUCUAAAGGCCUCAGAGUCUCUGCUCCUCUGAGUCUCUUCUUCGCUAUCUCUGCCUGGCCCUUUCUGUCUCAAUAACCCUUUAGUUCAGCUUUAAAUCGUGUGUGUGUGUGUGUGUGUGUGUGUGUGUGCGUGUGUGUGUGUGUGUGUGUGUGUGUGUGUGUGUGUGUGUGUGUGUGUGUGUGUGUGUGUUGCUAUGCACGGGCAUGGAAAUACUGGAGGUUCAUUUCAAUGCUCAUGGACAGUUUUUUUAAUUGUAUUUAUUGAGAGCCCGGAUGAAUAUGUCUGUGUGUGUGUGUGUGUGUGUGUGUGUGUGUUUGAGAGGGAGAGAGAGAGAGAGAGAGAGAGAGCGAGGGGGGAGGGGGGGCGGGCAGGGCAGGGGGGGAGGUUAAGGGCAGUCUCGACAUUGACUUGAGAAGAAGCCAUGUAUUAAAUAUAUAACAACAAUGCUGUAGAUUUGUUUUGCAUACUGUUGGGUUUUUAGUUGUCUUUCUGUUUUUUUCCAAUGUGUAGACUAACUGCCCUCUGAAUUGUGUUUGAGGCGGCUGUUGGGAAUAGAACUAGCAAUAAUGCAUUAUCUCUGAAUCCAAAAAGCUUUAUGUAGAUCUCAUGUAUGUGAGUUGAUAACAAUCUGUCUGGUUCUGUUUAUUUGGUUUUUUUUGUUUGGCUAAGAAUUGAUUUUCUGUUUUUGUUUUUCAAUACAAUAGGCUAUAUACAUAAAUAUAUAUAUAUAUAUAUAUAAAUAUAAAUAUAAAUGCAUAUUAAACUGUGAAGCUCCAAUGUGUUCAGUUAAGGGUAGGGUAGGCUGUAGGUGAUUCUUUAUUCGUUUUUGCAUGUCAAGCGAAUUUGUUCAUUCAUGAAUAAUUGUUUCUUUGCUUUCUCCGUAUAUACAAAUAUAUAUGCAUAUAUAUGUAUAUACAUGCAUAAAUGUGUAUAUAUAUAUGCAUAUAUGUGUAUAUAUAUGAAUCUUGCUCUCAGGGUCUCUAUGAAAUCCAUUAUUCAGAAAUGUUUUCCCCCCCUAGUUUCCCGAGUUGCCAGGUGACCCCACCCCCUUUAAGUUGUGAUUAUUCUACUAUUUUUGUUUCUUAUUUUAAUGAUGAUUCAGAACUGUCAAUCACUACAUCAAGCACUUGACUGUGAAGUGGGCGUGGUCAGAACAGGAAACGGAACAGCUAGAACGUUAACGGUUCGCCCAGUGAGCCGCCGAUCGUAUUUUUUAUUUUACAUCUGCCAGCACAAACGACUGAUGGGUUAAAAUAUCGGGCUUGAGUUCCUGAUGGUUGGUUUUGGACUUGGUUCGGUUAGCGUCAUGGUCAUCCCGGGACCGUCCUCGGGCCGACCUGCUGGGGUUGUGGUUUGGGGUCUGGUCCGACGGGCCGCCCAGGGGGUUUGAACCCCCCGGGGUUUCAGGCUGUAGCUAUACUGACAUUGGCUGUGUCCUCCUGGCACUGAUGUGCAAGGGAUCGCAACUCUCCUCUUAAAGACACACACACACACACACACACACACACACACACACACACACACACACACACACACACACACACACACACACACACACACACACACACAGAGGACCUCAGUCAGUUAUGUAUGAGCGUGCGCCACGUCUGGAACACUGACCUUGUUCUGUAUGCAACUCAUUUAAGAAAAAGAGCAAUAAAGAUAACAUUAAAUGAAAUGUGUGAAUCAAA